AAUGUGGGAAAGUGGUUGGCUUCAAUCUGAAGAGUCUGCCUCCUGCAUUGAGGCAGAUCAACCCUAGACUCAGGGGAAUGGUGAGGGGCCAUUCUGACCUGGGAAUGAGACUCAGGAAAAAAGUGGCUCUCAGCUCAGUUCACACUGAUCCUUCCAACAAUCUGGAAGGGAUCAUCUCCAGGGCAGGCAGUGAGAGCAUGUUUCAAUCCAAUGCCAGCAACAGAUUGUCUGCUACCAGUUUGAAUUCACCUUCCAGUAUGACACCACCUCCAACAAUCCGCCUGCCACCAUUUUCCUCCAUUGAUGUAAAUGGAUGUGAUGAUGAUGUGGAACAAGGCAGUUGCUUGAUAGAAUUCUCAGCACCAUCUGGGCUGGUGAAAACACCACCAGGACUGAGAGCAGUGAUUGUGGAGGAGAAUGAAACUGGCACAGGGAACUCAUCAGAUAAUGACUCAGCAGACUCAUCUCUAAGUGUGUCCACUCCACUAUUGACAGUGCCAUCCCUGAUUUCAGUGGUGACUCCUGGAAGUGCUUCUGGUGGUCCUGCAUUGACUCCUGGUGGAGCGACAUCUAGGAUCAGUCGCAAGAGCUUGCUCAGGGAGGGACUGUGA